GACAGUCUUCAUCUUGUACCAAAUGUAAAGGAAGCUCAGGUCACAGGUUUGGUUAUGGAUAUAAUACGGACUAUCUCUUACCAGCCAACAAGCAGCAAUACAAUGUGUGAGCAGGCACUCAACAAACCGAGCGAGUUUCGAAGAAAGAAAUCAGUGGACCACACACACACGGCUCCCGAGAUGUCACGGAUCAUAACAGACCCCACGACUGGGAAAUGUUACUGCAGAGGCAAAGUUUUGGGAAAGGGUGGCUUUGCAAAGUGUUACGAAUUGACAGAUUUGACCACCAACAAACUGUAUGCUGCAAAAAUAAUCCCACACACACGGGUCGCCAAACCUCACCAAAGGGACAAGAUUGAAAGAGAAAUCGAGCUGCAUAGAACUCUGCACCAUAGACAUAUCGUUCACUUCUACCAUCACUUCGAGGACAAAGAAAAUAUCUACAUCCUCCUGGAAUACUGCAGCAGAAGGUCAUUGGCUCACAUACUGAAAGCACGGAAGGUGUUGACUGAACCAGAAGUGAGAUACUACCUCAGACAGAUCGUCUCGGGACUGAAAAAUCUGCACGAGCAAGACAUCUUGCACAGAGACCUUAAAUUAGGUAACUUUUUCAUCAAUGAAUCCAUGGAUCUUAAAGUUGGAGAUUUUGGGUUGGCUGCAAAAUUGGAACCAGUUGAGAACAGGAGAAGAACAAUCUGUGGAACUCCAAACUACUUGUCCCCUGAGGUUCUUAACAAACAAGGGCAUGGCUGUGAAUCGGAUGUCUGGGCUCUGGGCUGUGUAAUGUACACAAUGCUUCUUGGGAGGCCCCCCUUUGAGACAACAAAUUUGAAGGAGACCUACAGAUGUAUAAGAGAAGCCAGGUACACAAUGCCGUCCUCCCUGAUGCCUCACGCCAGGCAGUUGAUUGCAAGCAUGCUGUCCAAGAAUCCACAAGACAGACCCAGCCUGAACGACAUCAUGAGACACGAGUUUUUCACACAGGGGUUUACACCUGAAAGACUGUCUUCCAGCUGUUGCCACUCUGCUCCAGACUUCCACUUAUCAAGCCCAGCCAAGAAUUUCUUCAAAAAGGCUGCGGCAGCAUUGUUUGGAGGGAAGAAAGAAAAGGUCAAGUACUAUGACAAUCUAAAUAAAUUAGCCAAAGAAGAAGAUGAAAUACACAAGCUUCGUCAUGAACUGAAGAAGUCUUCCAUCAGCCAUCAACCCCACAAGCACAAAUCCCAUGAGGAUACCAUACCUCCUGUUGCCCCAGUCGGUAAACAGACAGCAUUGAUGAAAGAAAAUAAACAACAAAUUCGAGACACAAUAAGGAUGAUUGUGAGGGGAACACUUGGAAGCUGUAGCAGUAGCAGUGAAUGUCUUGAAGACAGUACAAUGGGCAGUGUUGCUGAUACUGUUACCAGAGUUCUAAGGGGCUGUCUUGAAAACAUGCCUGAAGCUGAUACGAUUCCAAACGAACACUUGAAUAGCAAUUUUCAGUGGGUGACAAAGUGGGUUGACUAUUCCAACAAAUACGGCUUUGGGUACCAGCUUUCAGACCACACAGUCGGCGUUCUCUUUAACAAUGGAACCCACAUGAGUCUGUUAGCAGAUAAGAAGACUAUACAUUAUUAUGCUGAGCUUGGCCAGUGCUCUGUGUUUUCUACUGUUGAUGCACCAGAACAGUUCAUCAGUCAAAAUACCAUUCUGAAAUACUUUGCACACUACAUGGAGGAGAACUUAAUGGAUGGUGGUGAUUUGCCUGGUGUAACAGAUACUCGCAAACCCAGGCUUCACCUUCUUCAGUGGCUGAAGUCAGAUCAAGCAUUAAUGAUGCUUUUUAAUGAUGGCACAUUCCAGGUGAAUUUUUACCACGAUCACACCAAGAUCAUCAUUUGCAACCAGAAUGAUGAAUACCUGCUUACCUACAUCAACGAGGACCGUGUUUCCACCACUUUCCAUUUGACCACGCUGCUGAUGUCUGGAUGCUCAUCAGAUCUGCGCAGCAGAAUGGAAUAUGCCUUAAACAUGCUACUGCAGAGAUGUAACUGAGGAUGGAAAGUUAUUGGACACAUUUAAAAAAAAAAAAAGUGAAAGGAUGGAUUUCUAAAAAGAGGGUUUUUCACAAAGUUGUAGUGGAGUUAUCAGUAUGUUGAAGACAAGGGGGACUGGAAGUGAUAUUUGGGGAGAGAGGUACGAAAAGUUAAAGUGAUCCUCCCUGAGAGAGUGCUGGGCUGGAACCAGACAUUUAAGAUUUUAUAAAUCUUGCUUUGUUGAAAUGGACGUGGGCCUGCAGAAUGCAGUGUUCUGCCUGGACAUGCAGCGAUGAAUUCAAUCUUAGUCAACAAAGCAGGGUGAUAAUUUGUAGCUCUCAAUGGAGCAAAGCAUAGAAGACUUAAAACUGUGAAAACAUUCCUGAACAGGGAA